AAAAGACUGAACAUCUCUCUUUUGUCCAUAAGAGGGAGUCAAGUUUCUUAUAUGCACCGCUCUCGCCCACUUCCAAGGCAUAACUACACAGGACGUUGGCCGAAGAGGGGGGAAAUAUUGGUUGACAACGAUUAUUUUCUCUGAUUGUGGCUGUGGGAACUCAUAUCUGCGGUUGGACUGUCAGUCGCUCGGUCAGUUCUCCUCUUCAGUCGUCAUCCAACAAGUAAUAUCCUGCACCACGUCGAUCAACGAGGGGCCCCUUGUUCAUGAGCACCAGGAAGCUCUUAUUCUUUCUUUACCUGGAUUAACUCGCGAACGGCAACUUUUUUUUUUUUUUAAUAUAUUUUUCUUAAAUUAUUUUUUAUAUUUUCUUGGAGGGUCUUUUUCUCUGUCACAAUGUUGUGGAAAUUAGCCGACAACGUCAAAUAUGAGGACGACUGCGAGGAAAGGCACGACGGCAGCAGCAAUGGGAACCCCCGGCUGCCUCACCUGCCAGCGGUCAGCCAACACCUCUACAGCCCGUCUCCCUCCCUCUCACACUCGGCCAGUUCGGACUUCCAGCCCCCGUACUUCCCGCCCCCUUACCAGCCUAUCUCCUACCCUCAGUCCAGCGACCCCUACUCCCACCUCGGCGACCCUUUCAAUAUCAACUCUUUACACCAGUCACAGGCGUCGAACCAGCAGCAGCCAUGGCCUGGAAGGCAGGGUCAGGAUGGGCUCGGAGCUCACUCGAGGAGCGGGUUGGCGAGUCAGAUCCUGGGCCUGGAGGGAGGUUCGUCCGGGGUGAGGAGGGAAGGGUUCCGCCGGCCGGAGCUGCUGCCCCCGCACGCUCACAGUAUAGACUCGUCGGUUAUUGGUGAUAACAUGGGGAUGCACGACAUGGGACACGGACUGGAAGAUGUCCAACAUGUAGAUGACCACAGUAUUAUUAUGGCAGAUCAGACAGUCAUCAAAAAAGUAUUAGGACUGCGAGGUGGCAGGAACCUUGAUCGCUUACAGAGGACUUAUUAUCAGGGGGGCAUUCUUGCGGGUCCUGUCACUCUACCUAAAGGCAACGCGCUGGGUCUUCCUUUCCAGAAGGAGUCCCUGCUGGGAAUGGUAUCAAACCCCACGGAGGUGUUUUGCUCGGUGCCCGGCCGUCUCUCCUUGCUGAGCUCCACUUCCAAGUACAAAGUCACAGUGGCUGAGGUCCAGAGACGCCUGUCGCCCCCGGAGUGUCUGAACGCAUCGCUCCUGGGAGGAGUUUUACGCAGAGCCAAGUCAAAAAAUGGAGGCCGCUCUCUGAGAGAAAAGCUGGACAAGAUUGGGCUCAACCUGCCCGCCGGAAGGAGGAAGGCGGCUAACGUAACUCUACUUACCUCACUAGUAGAAGGCGAAGCUGUUCAUUUAGCGAGAGACUUCGGUUACGUGUGUGAGACGGAGUUCCCUGCAAAGGCGAUCGCUGAAUACCUGGGCCGGCCGCACGUGGAACGCAACGAGGUUAACUCUCGCAAGAACAUGCUACUCGCUGCAAAGCAAAUCUGCAAAGAGUUCACUGACCUGCUCACCCAGGACCGCUCACCUCUGGGAAACUCUCGGCCGGCCCCCAUCAUGGAGCCUGGGAUCCAGGGCUGCCUCACCCACUUCAGUCUCAUCACUCACGGCUUCGGCUCUCCGGCAAUCUGCGCCGCCAUGACCUCGCUGCAGAACUAUCUGAACGAGGCGCUAAAACAAGUGGACAAGAUGUACCUGAGCUCUGGUAGCGACACCCAGGGCUCCUCAGACAGUGGGAGCAAAUCUACCGACAAAAUGGACAAGCACAGGAAAUGAGAGCUUGGAAGGAGAAUCCCUAUGAACUAGAGAAAAACCCUUGAGUCCCUCGAUCUUGCUGCCCUGUCUGCCCUUUUUUUUUUUGGACUUUAAAAAAAAAAAUCGAUUGAUAUGUAUUGUCAUUUUUGAGAGCUGAAUUAGCGAGUGUGUGUGUGUGCGUACUCGCACUGUUGAAUUGAUAUCAGAUUGUUUGAGAUAAGAACUUGUCACAGUUUGCUGCAACUCCAGCCCAUAGCGAAGGCCCAAGUCCUGGUCCUAUUGGGAGCCCACUUUUUAAGAGGCGUGACACACAUAUCAUCCUUACCACUUUGCAGUUCCACACAGUUGCCCAUGUGCUGAAGCUACAACCAUGGGACCUGCUUUCUGUUGACAGGAGGAGCAAAAGGAACAAAGUGCAUACUGUUUUUUUUUUCUCCCUAGAGGACAUCAUUUCAAGAUGAGUUGCUGUGGCUGUGAAUUCCUCUCAGCUUCCCCCCCUCCCCCCCCGCUCUGUCUGGAGGCAAAUCCACUGAUUUCCUGUGUCUCAAUGGACUUGCAAUGGACAAUUUUUGAUGAGAAAGAGAGAGAAGAAAAUCCACUUCAUUUUUUUGUUGUUUUGUGCUCGAUUUGUACAACCACUUCAAAAUGGCUCCAGUGUUAUUGUGCUUUGUUCAUGAGAGAUGAUUUGAAUCUUAUGUAGGCCUGAAUGAGAAAAAGACGAUUUUUGGUUUGUCGGUCUGUGUUUGGUCAGGAACCAGAGACUUUAAAGCCUCUUCAGUGUUCAUGUGGAUAACAGGCAUAGCAAUGCUUCCAUUGUUGCUCUUUUAAGCAGCAGAAACUUGUUACUUUUGUGACCAUAUUAGGUAUUUCUCAUUCUUAGUAUUUAAACCCAAAGUUACCAUCGACCUACCCUCCACCCCCCCCCCACACCACCCCCAGUUCAGCCCUGCUUGAAUGUGUGUAUGUUGUGAGAGUGUGCGUAAAUGUACAUAUUCCUUUUUUUUUUAUUUCUUGAAAAUGUUUUUAAUUAGACAUUAAAUUCCAAACAUAGAAUUUUAUCCAGUGUCUUGUCCUGGAUGUAAAUAUUUUCUAAUUUAUGUUGUAAUUUAAUGGGCUUGUGUAAAUAAUGGUUUCCCUCUGGUGUAUGGUUUCACUUUUUAUGAUGACGUGUUCAACUUUUAUAAAUGGGUUAGUUUUUUAUCGAGUAGAGGUUAGGAAGUGGGCAUGAUAUACUUUUUUUUUUUUUGUUGAAAAUAUGUAAAAUAAAACUGUUUUAAAGUUUCAGGAAAAAUAAAAAUGAAAUGAAAAGACUCAA